GUCAAGUUCACUUCUUGUUUCAGCGCAGUCAUUUGAAAGGACGUUCAUACACAUACAACCCUACAACAGCUAGCACUAAGCGUUUUGGUCUCUAGUUCUCUGAUGAGUUAGGUCUACGUCCUAGCCUACGGUUCGUCUAUAAGUUUACAGACUUCGAACGGACAGUAAUCAAGCCGUCCGCGUGCGUUUGUUUCCCGGUCUGAAGAGAGGAUUCCGCUGGAAGCGACUCGCGCAGGAUGGCAGCCGUGAAAGCGCUUCAGCAGUGGUGUAAGAUCCAGUGUGACGGCUACCGAGAUGUGGCCAUCACGAACAUGACGACGUCGUUUCGAGACGGGCUCGCCUUCUGUGCGCUCAUUCAUAAGCAGCGGCCCGAUUUAAUAGACUUUGACUCUUUGCGGAAGGAGAACAUUUAUGACAACAACCACCUGGCAUUCCGUGUGGCUGAGGAGCAGUUGGGUAUUCCUGCUUUGUUGGAUGCAGAAGACAUGUUGGCCCUAAGGGUUCCUGAUCGCCUCAGCAUCCUAACAUACGUCUCCCAGUAUUACAACUACUUCCAUGGCAAAUCACCCAUUGGGGGCCUGGGAGGCAUCAAAAGGCCUGCUGAAACCUCCCAUGAUCAGCCUGCAGGGAAGAAGAACCAACCAAUCACAGCCAAGACACACGCUCCGGCUACGCCUGCCACACAAAACCAGCCAAUCACAGCCAAGACCUACACUCCGGCUACGCCUGCCACACAAAACCAGCCAAUCACAGCCAAGACCUACGCUCCGGCUACGCCUGCCACACCAAGUCAGAGAGAGGUGUUGACUGAGCGCACCAAUAAGACUGGUACCCUAAGCAGCAGCUGCAGUGUCUGCAACAAACACGUGCACCUGGUGCAGCGCCAUCUAGUUGAGGGGAGGCUUUACCACAGGAACUGUUUCAAGUGCAGUGAGUGCUCCACCCUUCUCCUCUCUGGUACCUACAAACCGGGAGUCAAACCAGGAACCUUCAUCUGCACAACACACAAUACACUCAGUCCUCCAGCCAAUCAGAGCCCACGGACGCCACCCUCGCCCAAACCCAGCACACGGAACCCUCCCGCGUCCAAUCCCAGGCCAUGGACUCCCCCCCUCAACCAAUCAGAGUUCCUCACUCAGCACCCCGACUACCAAGAACCAGCAGGCUCGCCAGAAAAACUGGAGGUCUGGAACUGUGAACCACAAAGAGAAGCCACUGUCAGGGGUGGCCGACAGAAGAGCGAAUCACCGGAGAAGGAGAAGGAGAAAGAGAAAGCCAAGAGUAUGAUUGGAAGAAAGCUGGCAGAGGAGAAGAGCAGCAGCACUAAUCCGCCAUGGCAAACAGAUGGAGGGAAGAGCAUUGACAGCCGUGGACGGGUCCGGCUAAAACCUUUGGACGUAUCCUUGACAACAAACACAACAAAAGACAAACCAAGUCCAGCUUGGAUGAAUAAAUCCAGUAAGGACAACAAACCAGUCCUCACGCCCUCUAAAGAAAAUGACUCGGCCCCCACCAGCUGGAGGUCGAUGCUGAAGCCUGUCAAGGAGACCAAAUCUGUCAGCUCUACGGACCCCGUCCCACCCAGCCGCACUGAGAGCCCAAAGCCCAAGUCCCCCUCACGUCUGUGGAGAGGCAGCUCAGGCAAGCCCCAGGCCUCUGGGCCUUCUUUCAGUCUGACCCCCAGCACAAGCCCUGCUGCUCCUGCCUCCUUGGGCACUCCAACCAGCAAAGCCUCCACAACCCCAGAGACUACACACUUGAAAGAAACAACAAAAGCACCGAAGGGUAAACCAGACUACAUCCCCAAAGAGGAGAUCCUGCAGGAGCUUGAUGAGAUUGAGAAGAAUCUGAAUGAACUGGAGGGGAAGGGGGUGGAGCUGGAGAAACAACUCCGACAGUUUGAAGAGGAGGAGAAGGAGGAUGUGUUGCAGGAUGAACUCAUGGUGGACUGGUUUAACCUCAUCAGGCAAAAGCAGGUCUACAUAAGACGUGAAUCUGAGCUUGUCUAUGUCGCCAAGAAUCAGGAUCUUGAGGAGCAGCAGCCCAGUGUUGAAGCCGAACUCCGAAGGCUGAUGAUGAAACCUGAGCACUUGAAGACAUCGUUUGACCGUAAGCGCGAGGAGGACCUGAUGGCCAAGCUAGUGGAGAUAGUUAAUGACCGGAACGCCAUAGUGGACGGACUGGACGAAGAUCGACUCAGAGAGGAGGAGGAAGAUGAGCAACUCAAUAAGAUGAUGGAGAGUCUUGAUUUCAAGAAAGAGAAGGACAAGAAGAAGUCUCCCAAGUCUAAGUGGUUUAGUUUCAAGUCCAAAAAGGACAAUGUUGUGUCUUGAACUCCAUUAUUUUUCUAUGUCUGUGUGUGUUGCUCUGUUGUCGUUGUUUGUUUAUUUGAUGUUGCUUUCUGUACGCUGCUGUACAGUCAUGCAGAUUGGAGAAAUGUUUUGUACAAAAGAUUUGUAGUCCUCUGAUCGGGCCCAGUAUCUGCGUUAACACUAAGAGGCCAUUACUCUAAGGAGAAAUUUUACCCACAUUUUAAUGGGAUUUACACUAAAGCAAUAUUUGCUAUUUGCUCUUAAGUUUUAAGUAUAUUUUUACUAUUUGAACUUUUGAAUUUGAGGACUCGAUCAGUGCACUACAGCUGAGGUGGCACCAGAGGGCACUGUUUGAAUGAUUCUGUUGCAGGCACUUCAGAAUCAGAACACACACACACACAGACACAAGUGGAUGCAGUGAGUGCAAUCAGUCUUUAUUUUUCAGGGUGAUUUUGUGUCAUAACUUUUGCAUUAUGAUAUCAGAAUGCUGGAUCAUAAUGAAUGUAUUCUAGAACUCAUUGUAGCAUUGAUGACAUUGUAGUUUUACAGUAACAGGGUUGCCCUGUAAUAUGACAGUGACCUAAUAAUGCAUUUUGUCAACUUUUUAAUAACUUUGUUUUAAUUGAGAUUUGUACAGAUGUUGUUUUAUUGGGCAAGUUGAUCAUAUUUUUUUAUCCUCUGUAUCACCAUAGCGCGACAAUGACACCAUGACUUGUAAAUAGAAAUACAUUCCUCUCGGGUCCUUUCCCAGGGAUAUUGGUCAAUUUGCUCCAUACAGUAAAAGAACUGCAGAAAA